AUAGUAUCCCCUGCAGCUCUACCAUCAUGACUUGCGAAGCCUGUCGCACCAUCCCCCCCGUCAUCACCCAGGGAUAUACUCCUAAAGGGACCUACGAAGACAUCGCUGGCCUUAACACCUAUGUGACGGGCCCGCAAGAUGCCUCGGUGGGCCUGAUCGAUAUCUACGACAUUUUCGGCUUCUCCAGCCAAACCAUUCAGGGGGCCGACCUUCUGGCCAUCCGCCUGAACGCGGUGGUCAUCAUUCCGGAUUUCUUCCAGGGUGAUAAAGCCGACCCCUCCUGGCUGCCAGCCGACACGCCGGACAAACAGCAGGCGCUGACCAAGUUCGUCACCACUCGGGCGUCUUGCCCUGAUGCAGUCAAUGUGCUGUUGAACAAUGGGAUUCCAGCCUACCGCCGCCGGUUCUCCAGCGUGCAGGCGUGGGCUGUGACCGGGUUGUGCUGGGGAGGGAAGGUGGCCGUUCUGGCUUCGGGAGCCGAUACUCCAUUCAUUGCAUCGGGCCAAGUACAUCCCGGACGCAUGGCGGCAGAAGAUGCUCAGCGGUUGACGAUCCCCCACCUUGUGCUGGCGUCCAAAGAUGAGCCGGCUGAUGUGGUGGAGGCGUAUGCGAAGACGAUUGCGGAGAAGGGGCUGGGAGGGCAUGUGGAGACGUAUACGACGUCGAUUCAUGGGUGGAUGGGGGCACGAGCUGACUUGGAGAGUGAGAACAGUUUGGCGGAGUACAAGCGAGGGUAUAACCAACUGGCGGAUUUCUUUGAGAAGUACUUCCAACAAGCCAGGUAG